AUGAGCUACUACGGCAGCUACUAUGGAGGCCUGGGCUACAGACUUGGAGGCUUUGGUGGCCUGGGCUAUGGACAUGGCUGUGGCUGCGGCAGCUUCCACAGACUUUGCUAUGGCUGUGGCUAUGGAGGCUAUGGAUUUGGCUCUGGCUUUGGAGGCUAUGGGUAUGGAUUGGGCCGCCCAUCAUACUAUGGAGGGUGUGGAUUCUCUCACUUCUACUAGAUGUAUUACUGAAAACAGAAGCAGAGAAAAACCUUCAAUUGUGUUUGCUCAUAUCCCUUGUCUUAUUCUGAAAAAAUCCACCCUAUUUUCUCCAUCAUCAAUUGAUUGAUAUUUAUCAUUGUUUAAGUUACUUCUAUGAACAUAUAAAACCAUUUCUCUGGCUCCAUACAUUCAUGAUAUAAUGCAUAUUUAAUAUCUAUAAGCAUUCUAGUUUACUUUCCUCAUUUGGAUUUAAUUUUCUUACCACCUUUACUAUGACAUUAUCUUUCGAGCAAAUA